AUGGACCCUCAACGUUCUUUGGGUGACGUUCCUCGCUCCUCUAUCACCGUGUUUGACCUGGGUUACCGACCUGGAAGCCAACAGCGCUUCCUCGACCAGGUUGAUAUGGGUGUCAACCUUGGGGGCCUUGUCAGGAGAGUCCCGCUCUCUGCAGAGCCUUCGGCGGAGCUUUCUGCCAAGCGCAACCAGGUACACCAUCUGCUCAAUCAGCUACGUCUCAGCCAUGAUGCUGCAAAACUCGACCUCCAGGACUUCAUCUCUGAGGAAGAGGAGCUUGGAAACGACAAGAAAGAGCUUCAAGGCGACCUUAUCCAGCACGCCAAGCUUGUGGAGGAGGCCUACGAGCGAGGCGACUUCAACACAGCAAUGGGUCUAGAGCAGGCCCACAAGAACCUGCGAGUCAACCUUGCAGUUCGUCUUCGGGGCCUGAGCCAGAAGGCCUCUGAGCUGGCCGAGGCAAUGAAGGCAACUCGCAAAAAGUUGUCCGAGAUCGAGUUGGACACCAUUCGUGCAAAGCAGCGUCUUCAUGUGAUCGAGGCACGGCUGCUACCAGCCAGCAACCUCACUGACGCACUGAAUGCUUGA